GAUAAUGCAAUCAGCGCGAGACAGAGGAAGUGACAGAGACGGCAUAAAGCACGUCAAAUGCAACCAAUUCUAGAACAAAGAGAAACCACAAACGCAGAGCUUGAAGGAACAUUACGAGAGACGCAGUUUGAAUUUUUUUUAAUUCAAUAACCUUAUAAUGCGAAAACUUUUAACGACGACCUGUUCCCCGGACCAACACGAACACAACGGUGUCUGCUGCAAGAGAUGUCCAAAAGGGACACACAUGUCAGCUCACUGUAAUGAAUCUUCAGAGACACAGUGUAAAAGAUGUGCUCAAGGCUUCUUCACAGAGAAUCAGAAUUAUAUAGACAAUUGCUUGGCAUGUACAUCAUGUGACCCUCACCAUCAUCUGCAAACGUCGAAGGACUGCACAGAAAUAAGUAACAGAAAAUGUGGGUGUGUGGAGGGUUUCUACUGCACACAACCUUCUGGAAAUGUCGAAGAUCACUGCGAGAAAUGUGAGGCAGUUCACCGCUGCCCACCAGGACAUGGAGUUUCUGCUCGCCCCAACAGCACACAUGACACAGUGUGUGAGCCCUGUCCCCCAGGAACCUUCAACAAUGAGACUGAUUAUGUCACACCUUGUCGCACUCACACCGGGUGUUUGGAUCUGGGCCGGUCCGUGUUAUCAGAAGGAACGACGGAAAGGGACGCUAAAUGUGGAGACUUUGUGUCUCGUUGUCAUUGGAUGAUUCCUGCUAGUUUGUGGGCGGGGCUAAUCGUGACACUCAUCCUCAUUUUUAUUGGGGUUGUUUGUGUGAAGUCUAAGCGUAGACGGAAAGCAGUGAUCACAGCAGUGAAUUUUCAGAAUUUCGUCCCGCCAGCUCUUCCUCCAGACGUCAUCGAGUAUCCGGGAAGUCAAGAGUUAGAAUCACUCACUGUCAACAAAAAACCCUGUGCUGUAGAAGUCGACGGCGUUCUCGAGUGCGACGGCGUCUCAGUCAACAUGCUAUCAGAGAAAUGUGCAGCUUUCUCCAUGCCGGACACCUGCAUGACGUUCUUCAGUGAGCCCUUCGAGUCCGGGCCCUUCAGGUCCGAGCCGCAGGAAGACGACUGGCCUGGACUCUGACACGUCCUCAGCUUCUCCUGCCUUCUCUCUGGUUCUCUCAGACUCUGUCCUACUGCUCUUUUUUUAAAUUCCCUCAAAUGCUUCGACACACAGGCUCCGUUUUAGUGGUGAUGAUGUGUGUGCAUUACCCAUAAUGCACUGACAGGAGUCAGCCAUGUUACCUGGAACACAGAGCUGGAAUUCUCAUGUGUUUCCGUGUCUCCUAAUUUUAUUACCCCACCCAUAUUAUUUAAUUUCCACUUUCCACUUUUAUUUUACGAGUGUAAAUACUGCAGAUUGUUUUAUUUAUUUGUUGGCUUUUGCACACAGUUAAACAGGUUAAAUGUACAGCUAGGACAUGAUGCAGAACAAAAUAACGCUCGUAUUCAUUUUAUGGGUUUAUAACGUACUCAUUCAUCAAUUGACGUACUUUAACAAUUCUGUAAAUAUAUAUUAUUUUGAAAACAAAUGGUUUUUACACCUGUACAGUUGCAUGUGUAUGAAGCUGGUUUUUAGAAUAUAGUGACGAGCAAUCACUGAACAUUUAUUUGGAUUAAGUUAACAAGUAUUUCAAAUUUAAAAGUUUAAUUCCUUUACAUAAAUUUCUGAAUAAAUAAUUAAAACAGUGAAAUAGAUGAAAACAUUAGUGAAAACUGUAGAGGCAAAGUGUCAUGAGAUUCACUGAUAACUACAUGCAGGAUUACAGUGUCCCCUGGUGGCAGCCCCAGCUCACUGCAUCGGCACACGGGUUCUACAUCAUUUUUAUUACAUUUUUAUUUUUAUCUGAUGAAUCACUCGACGUCUGAUGAUUGUUUCAACCUUCACCUGUUUAAUAUUGCUGUAACCUUUAAGCAAAUGGUAUCUGAAAACCCAGUGUUACUCAUGCUUGUCAAUACAGCUUAAUAAAAGAACGUAAAUCAAA